AUGGCACCGCGCCCGCAAGACUGCAAUCCGGUGACAUGGGUCGAACACGACGGGCGUGCUUCGCCGUCUAGAAGCCUCAACACGGGGAAUCUGGCCGAGGAAAACGUCUUCGACGACGAUGACGAGGAAGACGGCGGCUUUGAUGAAGAGUCAGGACGACCGAUGCUGCCCCACGGCGAGCGGAGGAGAUCCUCGGUUAGUCACCGUCUUGCGGCCAUGGCAGACAUUGGCGGCGUCAACAGUUUCCGGUCCUUUGCGCGGAGCUGGCAGCGUGCGGCCGAAUUUGCCGAAGUGAUUCCCCGACGACCGAGCAUCGUUUACAAUGACGCCGCCGAAGACGACGCCACAGAUGAAGAAGCGAUAUGUUAUGGUCGCAGCCCCAUCGAGGCGAUUCCCACUGGUCACUCUAGCUUGCUCUCACAGCAUCUCGACGGAGCAGCAACGUCCGCGACGACGGCACAGGAGCCCGAUGGAAACGCCGGACCUGCGCAAGUCGACUUUCGCAUCCGCGAGGGGAAGCUCCUGGAUGUUGAGACGGCGGCCGGCGCACUCCUAGGCGACUCGUCCUCGAGCCGAUCGAGCAUCUUUGCGGUGCCGCACCUCUCGUCGGCGUCCGUUGUGGGGAGCUACGGCUCGUACCGCAGCGGGCAGUACGGCACCAUGAGCUCAGGCGUGCUGCGGCCGCGCGCGUCUAUCCUCCACGAGCGCCGCCGGUCGAGCGCCGCCGCGGCCGCCGCCGCCGCGAGUGAUGAUCCGGCGUUUGGCGAGGAGAAUCCCAUUCUGGUCAAGGAAGUGCGGCAGGGCGACAAGGUGGUGCUCACCGUCGACGGGCAGAGCACACUGCCGCAGUCGACAUUCAAUGCCAUCAACGCCAUCAUCGGCGUCGGCAUGCUAAGCCUACCGCUGGCAUUUCGCCUGAGCGGCUGGGUCCUCGGGCUCGGCAUCCUGACGGUGACGGCGGCCGUGACGGCACACACGGCGGAGGUGCUGGCGCGGUGCAUGCGCCGCGACGCCACCCUCAUCACCUACUCGGACCUAGCGUACGUGUCGUUUGGCACGCGCGCGCGCGUCGUCGUUUCGGUACUCUUUACGCUCGAGCUGCUAGCCGCCUGCGUGGCGCUUGUCAUUUUGUUUGCCGACUCGCUGCACCUGCUUUUUCCGGACCUCGGCGACGCGACGACGUGGAAGUGCGUCUGCGCUGCGCUGGUCCUGGUGCUGAAUAUGCUGCCGCUGCGACUGUUGAGCUAUACCAGUGUCGUGGGCAUCUUUUCUACGUUUUGCAUUGUAUGUGUGGUCAUUAUCGAUGGCACCAUUAAAAAAGAAACGCCGGGCUCGCUCUGGGAGCCUGCCACUACCCACCUUUGGCCGUCGAAUUGGCUGGCCCUGCCUCUGGCGUAUGGGUUAAUGGCCAGUCCUUGGGGCGCUCACUCUGUGUUCCCUUCGAUAUAUCGGGAUAUGAGGCAUCCGCAUAAAUGGGGCAAAGCUGUCCGGGUCACAUUCUCAUUUUCUUACGUCUUGGAUACUUGUCUAGCCGUGGUUGGUAUUCUGAUGUUUGGAGACGGCAUCCGCGAGGCCAUCACCUCCAACAUCCUCCGCACCAAAGGCUUUCCGCCGGGCCUCACUGCCUUGAUGUGCGUCUGCGUCGCCGUCAUCCCGCUCACCAAGAUUCCGCUCAGCGCGCGGCCGCUCAUCACCACGGCCGACGUCAUAUUUGGCCUCCACUUCGAACAGCAGCAGCAGCAGCAGCAUGCCGACGGCGUCGGUGGCGGCAGCGGCGACGUCGGUCGUCGCUGGGUGCGCAAUCUCCAGCGUGCCGGUGUGCGCGUCGGUGUCGUUCUCGUGUUGCUCGCCAUCUCCAUUGUCUUUCCCGCAUUUGAUUCGGUAUGUGCAUUUCUCGGCGCGGCCCUUUGCACCCUCAUAUCCAUCAUCUUGCCGAUUGCAUUUUAUUUGAAACUGUUUCGGGACGAAAUUUCACGUGCCGAGUGCAUCAUUUCUUGGGUCAUUAUUGUUGUUUUUUCUAUUCUUGGCUUGGUUGGCACGGUUUGCACGAUUCUGCCCAAGAGCAUGGUAGGCGCCUAG